UGAAACUGUGUAGUGUAGAUUGGUUGGUUAUCACCAGUGUAGAGUAUCUGUCAACAAUAUAUUAAAUUUCAAAAAUGAGCGAUAACGACAAAGGCCGGAACAGGUUUUAAGUGCUGCUCAGUACAAAUGAGUGGCUGCUACAUCUUGAGGUCGUUGGAGCAAAUUUUAGACUUUAUUUUUGAGUUAUCCACUUGACAAUGUUGGUUAAGGUUGGACGAAGAAAAUACGGAAGAAGUCCACUUUAUUUUCAAUAAUAUGAAGCUCAGAUGUGUGAAGCUGAAUUGUUGAAUGCAUGCUAAAACAUGAGGAGGGAAGAAGUAUGGGCAGUGUGUGAGAGAUGGGGAAGUAAGAAGAAGUAAGACAAUUGAAGAAAGAAGAAUAAUGUCAAGUAAUGAAGUUACAGAAAUGAAGUUAAGGAAGUAAUCUGGAUAAGGUCACUGCGCUAAGUAAAUUUCUGGUCUGUUUGUCAAAUGCGUGCAUGUUCUUCUUAUUCAAUACACACACAUUAUUUUAAUUCAUUGCAAUUUUAUCUCACAACUGACAAUUUUCUUUUUUUCCCACUAUUUAACAACUUAUUAAUGUAAACAUAUUGAUGUCAUAUUAUCCAUGGCUACACAGCACUCCUAUUUCACAACCCUAAAUUCAGUUUCCUUCCUGUACUCCUCACAGGAUAGUCUUAAUUCUUAAAUACACAGUGAUAUUUUGGCAAAUGUAUGUGUUGAUCACUUCAUUGGUGCUGAUAAAAAAUGUGUGUGGUUCGUUCAGGAGUCUCGCUCUGCAUCCAGGAGCGUGAGCCCACGGGGCUCUGGGAAGUCGGGGAGCCAGUCCCCAGCUCGAUCCCCUGCCCACUCAAAAGGAGGCUCCCACCGCUCCCGCUCCAAAUCUCGCUCUCGGUCAAGGUCAAAAUCUUGGGCUUCACAGCAAGAGAAUCUUGGGUUCAAACCCAGACAGGGGACUUCUCUGUGGAGCUGACAUCUUCUUCCGUUUCUCUGGCCAUUGACAAAUCUUGCAAAAGUUCAAGAGUUUCACUUCCAAGUUGCCUGCCAAUGUCUGCUUCAUGUGUGAGUCACAUUCCCACCGCUCACGGAGACACUACAGCCGAUCCCGCUCCCGAUCACGGUCCUAUCAUCACCGAUCUCACAGUAGGUCCUACAGCGGAGAGCGUCGGCGCAGAAGCCACAGCCGUUCGCCCAUGUCCAAUCGUCGCAGGCACAUUGGCAACCGUGCUAAUCCAGAUCCGAAUUGCUGCCUGGGAGUCUUUGGCCUGAGCUUGUACACCACAGAGAGGGAUCUGAGGGAUGUCUUCUCCAAAUACGGCCCCCUGGAGGAUGUCUGCAUUGUGUAUGACCAGCAGUCGCGGCGCUCCAGGGGCUUUGCUUUUGUGUAUUUUGAGAACACAGAUGAUGCCAAAGAGGCGAAGGAGCGAGCCAAUGGCAUGGAGCUGGACGGGCGUAGAAUCAGGGUGGACUUCUCCAUCACAAAAAGACCUCACACCCCAACACCUGGAAUUUACAUGGGCCGGCCCACAUACGGAGGAGGCGGUCCAAGCGGUCCCCGACGCUAUUCACGUGACUACGACCGAGGUUACGACCGUGGAUAUGACCGAGGUGGAUACGACCGCUAUGAUGACAGGGACUACUACAGAUCAUACAGAAGGCGAUCUCCUUCACCGUACUACAGAGGCGCUUACAGGUCUCGAUCGAGGUCACGGUCUUAUUCUCCCCGUCGAUAUUGAAGGCUUCUGUCCCCUUAUCUUCCCAAACAUGUGCAGAAUUUUUUUGGGGGGGGGGGGGUUUGUUUUGUUAUGUUUUGUAAAGAGAGAUAUGAUUGACUUCAGAGUACAUCUUUCUUACUCUAAUCAUCAAACAUCUUUUUGCUUAAAAUACAUUAGGUAUAAUAAAUAAUUUAUGAAGCGGUGCUUUCAUGUUUUGAACGCCUGUUGUAAAUGUUAUACUCAUGUCAGAUUUUUGUUGUAUAGUGGAGCAGAUUAAAAGGCAGAUCUGUUUUUCCCACCUUGA